AUGCAUCGCUUCACAAGAGUGAGCAAGAAUCACGACACAAGUCUUUUUGACUAUGAUCUACUACCAGCAUGUGCAAGGUCAUGCCGUAUCCUGGACAUCUCUGAAGGCAACUGUGUUCCACCAGUGGCUCCGAUAUCCGAUCUGUCCACAUACAGAAACUGCGUGUGUCAGUCCGAUUACCUGCGCAGCCUCCAUACGAGUGGAGUGGUUUGUCAACAUGUAUGCAAUGAAGAGGAUGAUGAAAUCAUCCACGGCUACUACGUUAAUAUGUGUACAUAUUCAAAGCCAGCGAAGACGAACAUGUUCAUCUCCACGUUGACCAUGAGUUCAGCGGCUGUACGAACGACAGUCGUGCCCAGCCUGGUGUAUCACCCAACCGUCCCGACCCCUGCAUGCACUGAGAUAAGCCAGGGUAUCCAAAAGAGUGACUACCAAUGGUGCGUAUGGGUCCUUUAUUCUCCAAACCAUAGGCUGAUGGUUCCAAGGUCUGAUCAGAACAGCAAAUACCUGGCUACAGCAGCUGGUGUGAUUCUCGCAAUUCUUGUAGCUCUACUUGGGAUAGUCUAUUACCGUCGCCGUAACAACCAUAACUCCAAGCUCGCGAGUCAACAAGUCCAUGGUCGCUCAAUCGCCGUACAGUCACCCACAUGCCAAGCAGCACAAUCACUCCGGCUUGACACUGAACAAGAUUGGCACUUGAAGACAAGCGCUAAUGCUGACACGUUGUUUUUGGCGAUAAAGAGCCCUUCCGUUCCACCUCCAUUCGCGCCGCCGACUCCAAGCCAUAAACUUGGACAUACCAUUCGAGUUUAUGCGAAGAGAGAUAACAAGGGGGAUGAUCUUGGAAGAAGUGACAUCGAAGGACCUACCACCCUGGUGCGGUCACUAAGCAGGACGGAGAGGUUGAUAAAGGAGAGAAUUAGAAUGACCGGUCGACCUGACAUCCCAAUCAGUGCGACCCCAAAGAUUACAAGGUGA